GCACUGAGAUUACCUUGAGGAGUUGAACUCCUUCCAAGUGCCUCUGAUGUUUGGAUAAGUGCAGCUGUGUUGUGUGCUGAAGGGAAAAUGUUUGGCAAAAGCAGAGAGUGAGGAGUGAAGUUAAUGAUUAUCCCCUUGCAUCCUGGGACCCAUGCUCCUGCUCUGCCCCAGCCAGAGGGGUGGAGGCUCACAAGGCAGCAUGGUCCCACUCUUUCCUUUGGCUGUGAUUGUGGGUCUGCUUAGUCUGACAGGCCCUGCCAGGAGCCCAAAGACCGAGCCCCUGAGUGGCUCCAGUGAACAGCCUCUCUUCCGUGGAGCUGAUCGCUAUGACUUCGCCAUUGUUGUCCCUGCAGGUGGCACAGAGUGCUUCUGGCAGUUUGCACAUCAGAGCGGAUACUUCUACUUCAGCUAUGAGGUACAACGGACUUCAGGAAUUGGACAUGACAGACACGUCUUGGCCACUGCAAACGAUCCCAGCGGCCUCCAGAUGGGCACGUCCCAGGAUGUACGAGGACAGAUGAACUUCCCCACCAAAGAGACAGGUUUUUACCAGCUGUGCUUGAGCAAUCGGCUCAACCACUUCGGUGUCGUGCAGGUUUAUCUCAACUUUGGUGUGUUCUAUGAAGGCUUUGACCUACAAAACUCGCCAGACAUGGAAAGGAAGAAAAUGAAUGACACACUGGAGGCAAUUGAGGAGAGCACCCGCAAGCUGCAGGCCCACGUCUUCCACAUGUGGCGCUUUUAUAACUUUGCCCGGAUGAGGAAAGCGGCUGACUAUUUCAUCCUUCAGUCCAACUAUAACUACGUGAACUGGUGGUCACUGGCUCAGAGCCUCGUCAUUGUCCUCUCGGGUGUCCUGCAGCUGUAUUUCCUAAAGCGGCUCUUCAAUGUGCAGCCCACUACUGCCACCAACAAACCGAGGUGCUAAGGCCUCUGGCUUACACCACUGCUGGACCCA